GUAUAAACAGACGUGAAGGCCCUUCUGUUCACGGACGCAGCGACGAUGUUUGGCGGAGUGGCUCUUGUGGACCUUUCUCCUCUGGAUGGAAGCCCAGUAUCCCUGACACCUCCCCUUGAAGUAACGCAGAAGGCGGCCGAAGGAUGGGACUCCAAAGAGGAACUGCUGGAUCAGGCCUGUGAAGCGAGAGACUAUGAAGCAGUCGGCCGGCUUUGCAUCAUGAGCAGAAGAUCACGUGCUUUAGAGUACAGCAGCAAGGUACCCCAACAACGACAAACAUCAUUUGGCAAUGACCACUCCAUUGCACCGAGGAGUUUGGAGUUACUGGCCUCGAUUUGUGCGGAAACAGGAAAGGCAGAUUGUUCAGAACAAAUUGAACAGUGCACUCCUGCUCUCACAGAGACACUGUCUGAGAACUCGGUCAAUGAACCCAUAAGAAAUGCAGCGGCGACCAUAGCUAAGGUGUGCACAGAUAUGAGACUGCGGCAAAACAGCGAUUCCCCAUCAUCGACAACAAGCAUUAAGGCCUCCACCUGCAGGCAUCCCACCUCCAUACUUCGAAAGAGGCUGAUUAUUGAAAAAGAUGAAAAUGGGCUAACCCAUCAGAGAAAGAGGAAUGACCGAAGGGUCCGCUUUCAGGAGCCAGAAAUCAUCGUGCAUGCUUAUGAAACAGCUGACAACAAGCCUCACUUCGCCUUGCUCACUUGCGUCUUCAUCUUCCUCUCACUGCUUGGGGUGAUGCUGUACUGCGCCGACAGAAGAAGACAUCUAAAAAUGUGUGAGGAGCUGGAAUCCAUGCUGAUUGUUUACUUCCUGCAAGUGAAGCAAGUUGUGUGGGGAUGCUGGCAGUGGCUGAUGAAGCUAUGACUCUGAAUGUGAAUGUUUUUGUCUUCUUCUCUGCUCCCAUUUUUUUUUUUUGUUGUUGUUUUUACUGUGGUCAGACAGAAAGGCACUUGAUUCUUCAGCUACUGUCUCUGCCAUUUGAGUGAGCAGGAGUACGAGGUGCCCCUUGCGCAUCGUCUUGUUACUCUGGAGAUGUAAAUAUUUUUACCGAGCACAAAUCUUGUUUAACAUUAUUCAUGUUACUGUAUAUGUUAGAAGAUGGCUUCCCAUCUGUCAUUCUUAUUUAUGACUGUUUGAAUUUUCUUUUGAUUUUUUUUAAUCUGAAACAUGUUUUCCUUCAGAGAUGAUGCGUCUCUUAUGCAGGGGAAAAAAAAAA